AUGGGCUACCUCGUCCUCUCGCCGUCACCGUCGCCGUCUCCGCCGCACGCCUUCCAAUACGCCUCCUCCUCCUCGGGCGCCACCGCCUGCCGUCGCCGCGCGCGGCGAGGCGGGGUCUUCGUCGUUGCGUCGGCCGCCUCGCCGCUCGAUGGCGGUCCUUCUCCCGCGGCGGCGGCGGCCGCCGAUGCCUACGUGCUGGCGCGGCGGGUGGUGCUCCUCGGCGCCUCGGCCAUACCGUUCGUCAGCCUCCGUGAAGCUGCUGCCGCGCCCACGCCCGUGGACCUCGUGAAGGAGACAAAGAAUGUCCCUCAAUUUGAAGGGACAAAGGGUAUUGCAAAACCUGAAAACACUCAACCUGAAGGAACUCAGGUUGAAACUACUACUCCUGAAGCUCGUCAGCGUGAAUCAUCCUUACAGUUGGUGCAAGAACAACCUCCAGAGAAUCCACUGGUUGACUUUCUUGGCACAGUUGGAGUUGCUGCCUCUGGUGUUCUUGGUGGGCUGUACGGCACUUCUCUACAAGAAAAAAAGGCCCUGCAAUCAAUUAUCUCCUCAACGGAGAGCAAAUUGGCUGAAAAUGAGGCAGCACUUUCUUUGAUGAGGGAAAACUAUGAGAAACGGUUACUGCAGCAGCAAGCAGCACAAAAGAAGCAAUCUAUGAAAUUCCAGGAGCAGGAAGUUUUUCUUUCAGGUCAGUUGGCUUCAACAACAAAGACUUUGACAUCACUGAGUGAAGAAUUCAGAAAGGAGAAGAAAUUAGCUGAGGAACUUAGGGAUGAAAUACAGAGAUUAGAGAGUAGUAUCAGACAAGCUGGCAUUGAUAAGGAUAUGCUUAAAACUAAAUUGGAAGAAAAGCUUGGUGAGAUUAAUGUUUUGCAGGAAAAGAUAAGUUUACUCAGCCAAGAAAUUGAUGAUAAGGAGAAGCACAUCAGGGAACUCUGUGCAUCACUUUCCUCGAAGGAAGUAGACUACCAAAAGCUGACCGCUUUCACAAAUGAAACUAAAAGGAGCCUUGAGCUUGCAAAUUCUAGAGUACAACAACUUGAGGAAGAGCUCAAUACAACUAAGAAUGGUCUCGCUUCUAAGAUAUCUUCUAUUGAUUCACUCAAUGCUAAACUUGAAACGUUGAACUCUGAAAAGGAAGAAGCUGACAAAAAAAUUAACGAGUUAAUACAAGAGUAUACAGACCUGAAGGCUGCUUCAGAGACAAGGGCAAACCAUGAUUCCAAACUACUAUCAGAAAGAGAUGAUGAGAUAAAACAGCUUGAAGAAAAACUGUCUGUUGCAUUAACUGACUCUAGCAAAGAUCAAGAAACAAUUGUUGAGUUGAACAAGGAGUUGGAUGCUACCAAAAUGAUGCUAGAGAAUGAACUUAAGGCCAUGGAAGCUUUAAAAGAUUCAAUUCGAUCAUCUGAAGAGGCUCUAAAGACUUCCAGAAGUGAGGUUUCCAAACUUUCCAAGGAGCUUCAGGAGGCAAAUGAAUUGAAUGAGGACCUGGUAUCACAAAUUUCUAAACUCCAAGAGGAGUCCAAUGCAAUGCAAGUAGAUCUCACUAAUAAACUAGGAGAGGCAGAAUCAUUAUCCAAAGCUCUGUCAGAAGAUUUGGCUUCUGUAAAGGAAAUGGUUCAAAAGGGGCAAGAAGAACUUGAAGCCACCUCUAAUGAGCUGGCAUCUAUUGUUGAAGCUCGUGACAACUUGAAGAAAGAAAUGCUGGACGUGUACAAGAAUUUGGAGUCCACCACACAUGAGCUUGUUGAGGAAAGAAAAAUUGUGACAACCUUAAAUAGGGAACUUGAAGUCUUGGUGAAACAGUUGCAGGUAGAUUCUGAAGCAAGAAAAGCUCUCGAAGCAGACCUGGAUGAGGCAACAAAGUCACUAGAUGAGAUGAACAAUAGUGCGUUGUUACUGUCUAAACAACUUGAGAGCACUCAUUCUAGGAGUGACACUCUUGAAGCUGAGAAAGAAAUGCUAUCCAAGGCUCUAGCUGAACAAACGAAAAUCACAACUGAAGCUAAGGAAAACACUGAAGAUGCUCAGAGUCUGAUCACAAGGCUUCAGACAGAGAAGGAGAGCUUUGAAUUGAGGUCUAGACAUCUUGAAGAGGAAUUGGCGUUAGCAAAGGGUGAGAUACUGCGCCUAAGGAGGCAGAUUAGUACAAACAGUUCUCAGAAACCAAGAGCACCUCGCCGACCAAGAGGACCCCCAGAGACUAAUGAAACUCUGAAGGAGCAACCUGUGAAUGAUCAUAAUCAGAAGAGCAGUGGAGUUGUUGCUGGAACUCCGCAGCCUGUGAAAAGGACUAGCAGAGGAACCCUUUUCUUCUUGCCGUCAAAGCAGAGGCUCCCCCAGUCCCCAACCAAGCUGCCCGAUGUGCCGGCCGCAGGGAGAACGGGAGAUGGAUCACCAUUCAGGCAUUCACCAGUCACCACCAGCCCAGCAGGCAGCAGCCAGGGCCCAGGGCCCAGGGCAUCAGAUUCUGAUGGACCCAACGGACGAAGCUGA